CUUCAACUAAACUUCACACACACUGAGAUUUAUUUAACAUUAUCAAUGUACCAAGUUUUAGAAAACAAUGUCCACUCACUGGUGUCCAUAAAGCAGACCAGAGUAACCAGUAAGUAAUUAUCACUAGGAGACCAGUAGGUGGCGCAGUAGCUCACUGCUCUGCCAUCAUGUCAUUGACAUCAUUGACAAGACAAUGACAUUUUUCUUCUUCAAGAUUUUAAGGCAGUUGGCAUCCAAAGCGUUGCAUAACUGUCCCAAAUAUAUUAGAUUUUACGUCUAAACUCUCUUUUCUCAUAUGUUUUGACGGCUGUUUUCUUCUGCUAAUCUGAUUAGAUUAGAUUAGAUUAGAAAAACGCAUUUGGUAGAUGACUGCGCCGGUUUCUUUAUUGACAGUAUCACUUGAGGACACCAAAGUUUAGUUUAGUAACUUUAUGUGAAAUGUUUAAACAUUAUGGACAAUUCAAAACAAUCAUGAUCUUUUCCUCUGGCUUUUAUAAACGUCACCACUUUAACAGACCUGUGAAAUGAGGAAAAGAAACGCACACAAAAGGGAAGGUUUCCGCUCUAGAAACUGAUGAGGUACUUUAGAUUCGACUCGUCUCUGCCCAUGGAUUCAGGUUUGGCAGCAUAGUUUUGAGCUGACAUGCACCAGAUGUCACUCCUCAUCUCAGGCAUGUCCACUUCCUACAAGGGUUCAACAAGACGUACUCGGAAACAGGAGGUGCUCGGCUUGAUCAGGUUCAUCGAUCUAACAUCCAAUGGCAGCACAACCUUUGAGAGAGUGGAAAACCGGUCUCUUUGACUGCUUCGAGGACACGAAUACUUGUUGCUAUGGCUUCUGGUGCUGCCCUUGCCUCGCCUGCUCGGUUUCAGGAAGAUUCGGAGAGAACCGUUGCCUCCCCUUAUGCGACUUGUUCAGCCCGGCUGUGUUUGGCCUCUGUGGGAUCCCUCUAUUUGCUCCCCCCGCUGCCGCGAGUCUCCGGUCCUCCAUUCGGAGCAGAUACGGCAUCAAGGGCUCUAUCUGUAAAGACAUCGCCAUUUCCUGUGUCUGCGUGUACUGCUCCUGGUGUCAGAUGCAUCGUGAGAUAAAAGACAACAACAAGGACCGCGUGGUCAUCAUCAACAAUCAGCCGGCGCCAGUGGUGAUGAUGGCGCAACCCCCUAUGGUUGUGAACCAACAUGGGAUCCCUGUGACGUCAUACUGAGAUUUGCAGCUUCUCCAUACUAAGUUCUGUCUUGAAGGGAUUUUUAAUUCGGAUCAAAUCCUGCUGCUGAUGGUUGUUACAGAAUGACUGCAGGGUGAAAGAAUAAUCACAGGUAUAGAUUAAUAACAUAAUAAUAGAUUUGGGCCUCUGUUAAAGUACUUGAUUUCAUUUUUUUUGUAUGUCAAAUACAAAUUGAAGAAAUUUGGCAUUCAAAGCCAAAAGGUGGUUUCAGAUCAAUCUAUUUCACAUUUAAAAUAAAAAAUAAUGUAAAUUA